AUGUUGGUAAACGGCUUCCAGAAUGGAGAGGAGGAAGGGCCAACGAGCUGCGACGGCCAGUACCACAGCGACGACCUCUUCCUAGUGUCGAUGGCUUCAAAGUGGUACGGGCCUGGCCUCCUGUGCGGCAAGAUGAUCAGCAUCAAGAGAUUGAUCGGGAUCUCCGUGCAAACCAUGGUCGUGGAUGACUGCGGGGACGGCUACGGAGAUAACGGAAUCAGUACAGCGGCCGCUGUGUGGAAGGCCUUGGGGAUUGACACCAGCAUCGGCGAGGUUCCCGUCCUCUGGUCGGACGUCUAA